CAUCCUUCCUCCCCCCUCCUCCCCGCAUCACUCCCCCUCAGCAUCCUCCUUCCUGCAUCCCUCCUUCCUGCAUCUCUCCUUCCUGCAUCCCUCCCUCUGCCAUCCCUCCCUCCAUCCCUCCCUCUGCCUGUGAGUAGCUGCAGACAUGGCUCUUAGCAAUUUCCUCUUUGCUCAGUGCAUCUGCUACUUCCUGGCCUUCCUCUUCAGCUUCAUCGUGGUGGUGCCGCUAUCUGAGAAUGGCAAUGACUUCCACGGCCGAUGCCUGCUCUUCACCGAGGGCAUGUGGCUCAAUGCCAACCUCACCGUGGAGCGGCAGCGCUUCACCGUGCAGGAGUGGGGGCCCGAGGCUGCCUGCCGCUUCAGCAUCUUCACCGGGCUCCUCUCUCUGCUCCUGGCUACAGUGCAGGCCUGGCGGACCCUCUUCUUCCUCUGCAAAGGGCAUGAGGACUCUUUCUUUUAUGCCUUCCUGAAUCUGCUGAUCAGCGCCUUUGUGGUGUUUAUCACGUUUAUUGCUAGCACUAUAGUGAGUGUAGGAUUUAACAUGUGGUGUGAUGCAAUUACUGAAAAAGGAAGCAUGCCAAAUAGCUGUGAAGAACUGCAGGAUAUAGAUCUUGAACUGAACUUAGAAAACUCUGCUUUCUAUGACCAGUUUGCUAUUGCACAGUUUGGUCUGUGGGCUGCCUGGCUGACUUGGCUGGGAAUCACCAUUCUGGCUUUCCUGAAAGUCUAUCACAACUACAGACAAGAGGACCUGCUUGAUAGCCUGAUCCAUGAGAAGGAGUUGUUGUUAGGAAGAUCCUCUUCACGAACCUCUUUGCAAGAUGAGAAAAGUGCCAUGAUUUAAAGUGUAAGCAAAUUUCCAGGGCAGGAUCUAGAAUUUAUUAUUCAGUAGAUGAUGUUGAGUCAGAGUAUUGAGUGUGUGAGAUCUUUUCUUUCCCGAAUAAAGAUAUACUUGUCAAUCACUCACUUCCUCACUGAAAAAUUCUUGGCAGAAGUAUUAAUGUUAGGAUACAGAGAACAAACUGCCACGUGUGCCUUUGGCGCAGCAAAUUUUCUGUCCUGCACAGGCAAGGAGCAGCAUGGUCUGUAAUCUGCUGUUGCUAGCAGUGCUCCUGUAUACUAUUGAUUGCCCCUUAUGGGGCAAUAACCAUUUUUGAGGACCAUGCUGGCAAAAGCAGGCAACAGAGUCUAGGCUAUUCCUCCAAACUAUUCUGCAACAAUACCUAUAGAUGCAGCUGUUAGGCCCUCUUUCCUUUUGAUAGUAAAUCUGACCCAUUCUCACUUUAUUCUGAGCGAUUGCAGCUCUGGUCCAGGUCCAGGCUCUUGCUGUCUCUGUUUUUGCUAUGUGUGGACACUGUGCUAUUGCUCUUGCUCUGAUUUUCAGUUUGCUUGGCACAUAAGAUGUAUGUUCCAGAUUAUAUUUAUUAUUAGACAGUUUUAAUGAAUUUCAUGGAACCACAAUAUUAUUACUGUCUGUUAAAAGCUGCGUGUCAUUUAAAGGGAUGAUGGUGGUGAUGGGUUGAUGGUUGGACUUAGUGAUCUUAGAGAGUUCUUCCAACCUUAAUGAUUUCAAGAAUGUUUGUAUUUUUGUUUCUUCUUAGAUUUUUGGCAUGAUCAUCAUUUAUUAUGGCUUCUUGAAGUGUAGUUUAGCUAGCAAUUCCUGAAGCUUGCAUACCAAGAAAUUACGCAGUAUUCAUAGGAUUAAUACUCGUGCAUUUGUAAAUGUAACUUGGUCCCUAAUAUUGUAUGCUAUUCAGUUCUGAGUAUUACAGUUUACUUGUGAAAUUUAUUUCAAAUAGAGUACGCAAAAUUACCGUAAGCAUUUGCAUUGUAGGUAUUCUCUAUGCAUCUAUCAACAUAGCAAGGAGCGUGAACAGCUGAGUUACUGCAUAGGUAGCUCAGUGCUGAAUGGGCCCGUUAUCCCCACUCUCAGGCAGAAGUUCCAGAACUGCCAAAUUUUGUUGUGGAAAGGGAGAACUGUUACUUUCACAAAGCUCACUAGUGAUGCUGUUGCUGCUUUCAGUUUUGCUUGGCCAGCACUUUAAUGAAUGAGGUGGAUGAGAAGUAGUUCCCAUGAUUAAGCAGAAUGACUCAGGUGAAUGUUCAAUUUGCAAGGUAUGCAGAGAAGACUCUCAUUCAGCAGAAAACUUCAGCAAGUAGUUAUGUUCUAAGAGUAUCCUGAUGCUGCCUAUGGCAGCUGAGCUUGAGUUGACACUGAAUUUAUUGCAACGCAGGUGCAGAUCAUGUCCAUCUAUACUGCCUAGUAAAUAGGCCUGGGGAGAAGACAACAGACUUCUACUAUUUACUGUAGUCUUCUGAGACUGUCUGGUACUUAAACUUAAGUACCCGUUUAAGUGACUGAAACAGAACUUGAAGUCAUAACAAAACCUGUCAUUUGUAAGCAUUUUAGGGCAUAACAUCUAACAGAACCUUUAACAACCAAAUUGUUCUCAUAGGUUUAGGGAAAAAAAAAAGCAAACAGUCAGGGGUGUGAAGCAGCAAGCUGGCCCUGAGAAUGUCAUUUAUAUAUCUAGCUGGCCACAGCUGUCUGUAGAGAAAUCAUGUUUUUCAGUGAGGUUUCCACUCCCAAAAGAAUGUAUGUUCCUUUAUAGCUUUACAGAAGUGGCUUAUUUAUUUAUUUAUUUAUUUAGGCAGUUGUGAAGUUCCUAAAAGAAGGAAACAGAGCGCAGGUUAGCCAAUACCAGUUUAAAAUUAAAAGACAGUGGAUACUGGAGUUUUUUUCUUCCAGUUGGUCUGUAGCAUAAUUACUAAAUCGUGGCUUGAAACAGUGAUUAAGCACCUGGUGGGAAGGCAGGGCCAACCCAAGGGAGCUCAGGUGCAUGUAAUGUAAUGUAGGGGUCCACCCCUACCCAGACCUCAUUUAAGGGCUGGCAGUGGAGGGGUGAAUUUCUUGUUGGAGUUCUCUGUGUACCUGAGUCCUUCUGUAGGUAAGCAGGUUCUUUCCUUCAUUUAUUUAUUUUGUCUAGGAACUUGCUGUGCUGUUGUCAUUACAUGUUCUAUUAUGUUACAUUAUGCUUAUAGGUAAAACUGUUGUUGAAGGAAGCCCCUGGGCAGGUGAGAAACUCUCUGAGUCAAGAGGUGGAAGGGUGCAGUUAUUGGGCCUGAUUUAGCUUUUUUGAUUGCAUUUAGCUUUCUGCAGACUCCUCUAUAAAAUCUUGGACACUUGAGUCAGCAACUGAAAAUGUAUUAGAAUAUCAACAUCCUUUAUAUCUUCCCAUCUAUGUGUAGAAGGCCUCUUUCACAUGCAACUCUCUCAUACUAUUUUAACCCCUGUUUUUAGUCAUUCUUUGCCAAACAGUGCAAUUUAGGAUUUUGCAUUAGUCAAAUAUUGCUUUUUUGUGGCAUUUCAGUGCUUUCUCUAUUUUGCUAUCCAAAAGGAGGUGUCUGGGAACACUCUACCAAGAGGUGUAUUUAAAGAACUAGAGCUUUGUGUGGUAUUUAUGUAUAUAAUAACAUGGUAGAAGGGGGGGGGGGGGAAAUCUUUGUGACAUUUAUUCAUGCAGCCCACCUGUUGCUGCCCAUAGCAGAGCUGGGGUGUUUGUGUGCUGCUGUAGUUUACUUGCUGUGUUUCCCAUGAUGAUUGAAGCUAUAGUAAGAGAGUCUUAAUUUCAACUUGUGUAAAUUGCUGGUGAGACAGAGUGAAUCUUAGAUAAUGACAGACAAAUGGAUACAGCUUCUGAGACGCUGGAGUGUUGCCACACAAGUAUCCUAUUAUAUUGGAUAUAUUCUCCAUGUUCUGGUUACCAUCUGUGUUUAAUUUCCCUGCUAGCAGUGCAUGUUGGGUUAGAAAAAUCUGAGCUGCAACAUGUUGGCUGAGCUUUUAGCUCAGUCUUGGUUGUUAUUGUUAUUAUAAUGGAGAAAUAAUUGAGGCCAAUUUUUUUGAAUGGGCACAAAUGACCACAACAUUCUGUCUUGCUAAUUCAUGAGGCAUCUUUCAGCUGUGACUUUCAGUAGGAAUCACAAAGAGCAGACCCUGAUGAUUUACCUCAAGAGCUGAAGGAUGCGUGAGCUAUGGUAGUGUUUCUGUGGUCCCUUAGAAAAAUGGUUAUUGUAAUAAAUGGUGAUGGAUGCUUGAAUAGAUAGAUCUUGUUCAUGGAAGCAUUCAGUGUCAGGAGAUAGUGUAUGUACAGUGUACACAGACAAAUGGCACAAACAAUUCUGUUGCUCUACUGUGAUAUGAAUAUGUGCAGAUAUUGCAUUGUGCUUCUUAGUGUUGGAGUCUGUGCAGUAACACCUGGGUUAUGAUACCUGGAUGUGAAUAGGAUGUGAGCAGAGUGGCCAGUGCACAAUCUUUGAAGGGGUGAAAUUUGUUUCUAAGGGGGUUUUGAGAGGUUUUAACUCCUCCCCAGUCUCUGGAUAAUGUUCUGAUGUUACGCUGUACUAGUUCUGGUAAGAACAAAGUCAAAUUUCCUCUAAGACCAUCCCUCACCUACAUAAAACACUAAUGGUUUAAUAUAUGUAGCAUUAAGGAUGGAAGUAGAGCUUCAGAGAACAAGAGCAUACAGUGCAUGAUAUUAAUGCUUUAGCAAAAGACCUCUUUCUCUAAGAUUCAGGAGUUUUGCACUGUAGGCUCCUAGAAAAACUGGUGACUUGGCAUGGACGUAGUCCUGUUAUUAAUUCCUGUGCAUUUUAAAUACAAAUGUGUAGGCAGCAAACAGAGCAUAUCAUGAUAGGAGUCUCACCCCUUCUUUUGCCAAAGGAUGCUAUUCUGGAAUACAGCACUGGCUUAGGACAGCCAGGAUGUUUUUUUGGGACCAGUCAUUCUUUUUGGAACAAAAGAUCAGUUGGCAAAAGUGAAGACGUCUCAGAUACAGUCCUGUAGCAAUUGAAAUCUAGAUGGGAGAAAUAAUUUGGAAACACAUUUUCUUCUCUGAAGAAGCUCAAGCAGAUCUUCGAUGUAGCAUAUUGCCACCAAUGCAAAUGGUGGGUGAAAAUGCCCUUUACUGUGAUGUUUUGCUGAAAUAGAGGGCUGUGCUGGACAAGCUGAUUUGUGUUCUGAGUUCUUGUUUGCUUUGGGGAUCAGAAAUAUUCUAUCCUUAAGCUUAAGGAAUCAGGGAGGAUAAUGUAUUUUUUUUUUCCUGACUAUUUCCACACCUACAUUCUACAAGAAAGUGCUCACAUAGCUUCAUAAGCACUGAAGUGGUAUUAGAAUUGUUUCUUAUCCUAACCCCCUGAAGUGUAUGUUUGUAUUUUUGUUCUUGACAAUGAACAGAUAUAAACCUAAGAGUUCUUAUGAUAUUUCUCUUUUUCAAGUGACAGCAUUCCACUCUACUUCUGAAUAGAACAGCUGCAUGAAAUGCAGCACUUGGAAGCCUUCCUGGCAUAGAAGGGAAGAAAGCAACUGCAUUCUCUCAAUGUGUUUUUUGUUUCUGAGAGAUUAGACAGCAAUUUACUUAAUAUAUAGCUUAUAUUAAGGUAGGGAUAUAAUUGAUAGUAUCUUUCCAUUCUAUUACUGGGAGGAGUAUUUAAAUAACCACACUUCUUUUUUUCUUUUGUCCAUGCCAAAGAGUAGAAUUGAACUGAUACUGCAAACAUAGUUUAAUAUGAAUGUAUUCACCUGAGUGCUUAAACCUUUCUACCUCUCAUAGCUGCUAUAAUUGCUUGACGUGAUAUUUGGUUCUUUUGGCUGUUACAUGCAAUGUCUGAUUUAGGACUCACCUGUUACUGACUUCCUUGGAUUUAAUGUAUUUUUAAGUUCAGUUCUUAAAAAAAAUGGACAUAAAAUCCUAAGAAGGGCAGUGAAAUUAGCUGUUUUGAUUAGUUAAAUAAUUUGCUUUUAUUCUUUUCACCAAAAAAA